CUAUGACAAAUGCGCAGUUUCAGUCUUUAAAAAACGUCUUUAAGGAGUGUGAUUAUGAGGAGUCUGUGCAAUUCGCGUGUGAUUCUGCGAGGAGAAUGAAUGGUCAUGUAAAGAGUCUGCGUUUUCAACCGUUUAUGGAACCAGCAACAACGUUACUCUCCCUCCUGCUGGUUAUGGCGGUCGAUUCAUCGAGAACUGUGGCGGCAACCAGGAACCAGCAGUGUGAGAAUUCUCUGCAGCAGACUUGGAGGAUCGCCCGACUCGUACAGAAGGAAUCUGUCGAGCUGAUCAAAACAUACAAAACCUCUCAAGGAGAAAACGCAGAGCUCCUCUGCAAGGCGUCGUUCAACUACAUCCCCGACCCCAACAUCUCCGGCCUGGAGCCUUGGGAGAGGCUCCUGAGCAUCUACAAGCAUCUCCAGGACUUCUUCCCGCAUUUCAGCCGAGUGUACGAGCAGCAGAUGGACCUGCAGUCCCCGGCGAGCCGGCUGCUGGCCGAGCUCAACCGCACCAACGGCGGCAGGAGGAACCUGGCGGCUCUCAUAAGCAGCUCGUACCAGAGCCUCUUCCCGAACCUGCCCAUGCCGGAGCCGGCGGGGGGGCCGACCACGCUACCCUCGCCUCAGAACGUCUUCCAGCAGAAGGUCUACGGCUGCCAGGUGCUGAAGACCUACAGGGAGUUGGUGUCGAAUGUUUGUCGAGAACUGAAGACUAUGAAAAGCAAAGUGUGCAGAAGCAGGAAACCAGUGAACUUUACUGGAGGAUUCCCUGAGGCUGGCCUCAGACGCUCCGUGAUGAACAACAGAAUGAAAGACUUUGAAUGAUAAGUGAGUGUGAAGGUGGCUGGUUCCUGUUCAUAGUAUUUAAUGGAGAUGAUUUCAUAAUUUAACAAUUAUAUUUAUUUUCUUAUUUGCAAUACUAAUAAUAAAAUAAUACUACAUGUUAUUUAUAACGCACUCAGACAAAGCAAAAGGUGGUAAAAAAAAUACAAUAAGAGGAACGCUGUUGAAGUUAUUAUUUAAUAUGUCUAUGUUAUGUCUAUAUCUAAUAUGUUACGUGUGGUACUACUUCACUGGUGUAUUCUUAGAGUUAUUAAAACAUACUUAUUAUACCGCA